AUGCAUUUGCCUGAAAUAUCUAAUAAAAUCUUAUUUAUUUCAGAUUGCACAUGUCUGCAUGGUACCUGUGACAGUGGAAUCCUUGGAACUGGCAAAUGUGAAUGUAAAUCUGGAUUUAAAGGCCCACUUUGUGAUGAAGAAAUAUUCAGCUGUGAGAAUAUACACUGUGGGAAAAAUGAAUCCUGUAGAGAAGAUGACGAAGAAAAUCCUGUUUGUAAAUGUGAAAAUGGUUACGAGAAAAAUGAGAAUGGUGAAUGCCAAGCUCAGAGUGCCUGUGCCUCCUCACCUUGUUCAGCAAAUAGUAACUGUGUUGACUUAACACCAGGAAAAUAUGACUGUAUUUGCCAUGAAAACUAUAAAAACAUCGGCCGUCGAAGAUGUGCCCCGAUCAAUCCUUGUGCUAUGAACAAUGGUGGGUGUCAGGCAGAGAACUCAUAUUGUGUGUUCCUUGGCCCAGGACAGAGACAAUGUAGAUGUAACAAAGGUUAUGAAUGGAUUGAUGGAAUUGGGUGCCGUCUCAAAGAUCUUUGUCUUACCAACCCAUACCCGUGUCAUAAAUAUGCCAAGUGUAAAACAAUUCCACCAGAAGAAUUAUCGUGUGUCUGUAAAGAGGGAUAUAUUGGGAAUGGACGUACAGAAUGUAUUGGAAAUCUGGUCGUUCAAAUUGCAGACAUGAAUGAUGAAGACGAUAUUGGUAAGAACAGGUUAAAUAAUUUCCUAAUGAUGCUGCAAAAAGUCUACAAAGGUGAAUUAACGAAACACGGGAAUUACACAGUCUUUGUGCCAUUAGAUCGUGGCUUUAGUAACUUGCUUCAGGACACUACUUUUAGCCAGUUUCUGGAAAAUUCAGACCAUGUAAGACAAAUUCUACGCCAGCACAUUUUUCCCGUAAGAGUGUAUAUAGAUGAUCUCACAGACAACAUGUUCUACACAUUACAAGGAAACUUUGCCCGCUUCUUUUACAAGGGUAAAAAACUAAUUCUAAAAUUCCAAGGUUCAAGCAGGCGAAGUCGUGUGCUUAGUAUUUAUCGUGAUAUUAGAGCCUCAAAUGGACUGAUCCAUAUCGUCAACAACCUUAUGAUGAAUGAGCCAGAAAUACCAGGAAAUCUCUAUCAAGAUUUCGUGACUUUCAUCAUGGGGCAUUCUGACUUCCAAGAAUUUGGAUCCUGGAUUACGCGCACUGGAUUGGAGAAACAGUUUCGACGAGAAAAUAUCACAGUUUUUCUUCCCAGUAAAACCUCUUUGGAUAAAAUACCAAAAAAUGUGAUGGAUUAUUUGAAGUCUAAAAAUGGAAUUGGAGCAUGGAUUGGUCUUGUGAAAAACCAUCUACUUCAAACAAAAAGAACCAUUACUGAUCUGAUUGAUUCCAAGAAAAUGUAUUCAUUGGGGAGAACUACAUUCCGCAUUAAAAUAUCAAGUAAUGGUCAAAUUCAUUUUGGUCCAAAUGCAAACAUGACUCAAUCAGGUGUUCCAGUGAAGAAUGGAAUUGUUCAUUUAAUCGAAGGUUUACUCUUUCCUGAUGAUUUGGAAACUCUGGUGCCCCAUAACUGUGAUAAUGUAACCUUCAAAGCUGUUCAUGGAGAAUGUGGUCUGUGCGAGAGUGACCUCCAUUGUUUGCAGCCUUCUGAUAUACCAACAGAUAAAAUAUAUAAAAACUGCACCUACCAAAUAAACCUGAAAUACACUUACACCAGGCGGAAAGGUUGCCAACGGAUUUGUCGUCGAAAAGUUAUUGAUCGUCAAUGUUGCCAGGGCUUUUUUGGUCCCAACUGUGAACCUUGCCCAGGAAGCUUAAACAACCCAUGCUAUGGCCGUGGCACGUGUUUCGAUGGAAUCAAUGGAAAUGGAACUUGUAAAUGUAAAGAAGGCUUUGGUAAAGAAGCAUGCUGGGAUUGUGCAGCCGAUGAUAUGUUUGGGCCCCAGUGUACCGAGAAAUGUACGUGUCGUUAUGGUGAGUGUGACAGUGGCAUUAAUGGCAAUGGACAAUGUAAGAAAUCUAGUUGCCAAGUAGGAUUUAAAGGACGAAAUUGUGAUAGACAAAUAACCAGUUGCAAUGGGAAAGUUUCUGUAUGUCUAGCAGUCACUGAAUGUCUUGAAAAUAAUGAAAUCAGAUGUUUGUGCUGGCCUGGCUAUGAAGGUAAUGGAAACCAAUGUACAGAGAUUGACCCUUGUAAAAAUCCAAAUAUAUGUCACGAACAAGCUACCUGUACGAAGACUGGUCCUGGCAAAAACAAUUGCACCUGUAAUGAAGGUUGGGUUGGCGAUGGCCAAUAUUGUCAUGUGGCACGUAUAUGUAUGCUGCACCGAGACUGCGACCCAAAUGCCGAGUGUCAGCUUAGUGGACCAGGUGGUUCUGUGUGUAUUUGUAAAGAUGGUUUCAUUGGUGAUGGCAAAACUUGUACCCCUGAAAAUCCCUGUAAGAUCAACAAUGGAGGCUGCCAUCACAAUGCACUUUGUGAAAUGACUGGCAUCGGUGAAAGAGAAUGUGUAUGUCGUCCUGGUUAUGUUGGUGAAGGAUUAUCAUGUUUUUCAACAAUUAUGGGAGAAAUACGAAAUCAACCGGAUCUUUCAGAACUCUCUGAUCUGCUCAAGGAUGUUACUUAUUUCUGGGAAGAAAAUGAAAAGUAUACGUUUUUAGCUCCUAAUAAUAUUGCUGUACUGAAAUUUAAACAGCGUGCAUCAGUCUCUUAUUGGCAAGAACGAUCUAAUAUCCUUGAUUUAAUUGCGUUCCAUACUUUAAAUGGCAGCUACAGCAUGGAUACUUUGCAGCAAAUGAACCAAGAAGAAUUUAAGACAUCCAUGACAGGUUUCAAUGUCAUGAUCGUCACAAACGAAACAGACGUCAUGGUGACAACACGAGAAACAUCAGCAGUCAUGAUUCAAACUGAUUUACUCUCUAGCAAUGGUUACAUCCAUAUAAUAGAUCAGGUUCUGGAACCUUUCCUAGAAAAUCAGGAGAGACCAUCUCUAUCGGAAUAUUUUUCUGCUCAUCCAGAAUAUUCUACGUUUUCGGAAGCAUUGCUAGAUAAUGGCUUGGUUGAUAAACUGGAGGAUAUGGAUGAUUACACCCUGUUUGUGCCUGAUAAGAAUGUCAUGGAGGAUUGCAGUCAAAAACUUGGUUUUCGUGUUCUCUCUUAUUACAUCUUACCAUUUACCCUGAUGUCAGCCUCAAUGACCAAUGGAUUAAAAGUGAAGACCAGCCUGGGGCAGCUCCAUCAGCUCAUCUUCAGAACUCAAGAACAUAAGGUAUUUGUGAAUGAUGUCAGCAUUACCUUGAUGGAUGUCCUCACAGUUGGUGGCAUAAUUCAUAUCAUUAAUGGCUGUCUUGUGCCUGUAUUACAUCGUUGUGACAAUGAAGUUAUGGAGACCAACAAGACUUCUUGUAUAUCCUGCGAUGAAGAAUUCACUUGUCCACCAGAAUAUCAUAAAGUAGCUGUAUUAAAACAUGUUUGCAGUUAUAAAACCCCAGAGGGAGAAUUACUAGGAUGUACAGCACUGUGUCGAAGGCUUAAAGUUACACCAGCCUGUUGUUAUGGAUAUUAUGGACCUGAAUGCGACGAAUGUCCUGGUGGUGCCGAUUACCCAUGUUCUGGUCAAGGGAAUUGUUCUGAUGGUUUGGAUGGAACUGGUCUCUGCAGUUGCAAAGCAAACUUCACAUCCUCUGAUUGUUCAACAUAUGUAGCUGGGAAUACAAGACCUGAUUAUAAUGACAAAUGUGGAGGAUGUCAUCCUUCUAGUGAAUGCAAACAAAACCAAGACUCUGAAUGGACGUGUGAAUGUGGUGACAGCUAUGUUCUCACUAACGAGGGUGAAUGUCGUUCUCCAUGCACAAUUGCUAAUGGCAAUUGUCAUCAGAAUGCACUUUGUUCUUUUGGUCCUGAAGAAAAGAUCAGUGGUCAUGCAAAGUGCGUCUGCAGAAGUGGUUACCAUGGUGAUGGACUCAACUUUUGCCAACCAAUUGUUAAUCUAUGUAAUAUGAACAAUGGCAAUUGUUCACCUCGAGCUGAAUGUACUUUCAUUCCUCCUUCAGCCAAUGCCAUUGUCGCUGGUCAAGUAAAAUGUGAAUGUUACCCAUCUUAUAUUGGUAAUGGCACCACAUGCAACCGAGACAUUUUAAGUACAUUGGAAUAUAUGCCAAGUAUGCGCCUCUUUUGUGAUCUUCUAAUAUUGAGGGAUGUAUCCAAUGAUAAACAAAGAAGUGAUUUAAUACAAAUGUUGGAAAAUAUUAACCAAAACAUAACGGUAUUUGUACCUGUAAAUGGAUUAGACUAUAAUCAUAAUUUAAGCACACAAGAUGUCAUGAACCAUGUGGUUGCCAGAAAGAUCUACAUUGAUUCUGACACUGAAGCAUCAUCAUAUAAAACUUUGGCAGGUCAGAGCGUUCGGUUACAAAAGAGUUCCUCAGGUGAACUCUAUAUUAUACAAGAAGAAGUGGUAGAAAUAAGAAUUCUUGAGACAAACAUCUUAAACAUGAAUGGCUACAUACACAUCGUGGAAACACCUUUGUGGUAUAACUACAAAGUAACUGCUAAGGUGAAGGAGGAGGGACCGCAUCGGGUUGUGGGGGUCGUCUUAGGUGUGUUUUCCGUGUUGCUCAUCAUCUUGUUGAUUGUUCUAUACAAGAAAUAUGCAUCAAAUAUUUUCCUCUGUGACAUUUGGCAAAGAUAUAGAAUGGUAAGUAUUAAGAUGCCUUUAUAAAGGUAUUUCCAAAUA